AUGACGUUGGACAUAGAUUACGUUUUCUCACCCGCCCUGAGUAUUAAGUCGAGAGUCAGUGCUAAAACUAAGCCAGGCACCGACUUCUGGCAUACCCACCCCAUUCCCGAAUUUAACGUGCCUUCAAUUCGCAGCACUGACGGCCCCAACGGUAUAAGAGGCACGAAGUUCUUCGCCGGUGUGCCGGCUGCCUGUUUGCCCUGUGGUACCGCCUUGGCGUCGGCCUGGGAUCAGGAUCUGCUGCGCGAUGCGGGGAUUUUGAUAGGAAAAGAAUGUCUGGCAAAGGGAGCGCACUGUUGGCUUGGUCCGACAAUUAAUAUGCCCCGGUCACCACUGGGCGGCCGGGGAUUUGAAUCUUUCGCAGAGGAUCCGCAUCUCGCCGGAGGAAUGGCUGCCGCAAUGAUCACCGGCUGCGAGAGUACCGGGGUCAUCUCCGCCGUAAAGCAUUUUGUGGGUAAUGACCAGGAACAUGAGCGGAGGGCUGUGGAUGUUCUGGUCACUCAGCGCGCGUUGAGAGAGAUCUACCUGCGACCCUUUCAGAUCGUAGCCCGUGACGCGUGUCCAGGGGCUUUGAUGACUUCCUACAACAAGAUCAAUGGGAAGCACGUUGUAGAGAGUAAAGAGAUGUUGGACAUGGUCCGCCAGGAAUGGAAGUGGAACCCGCUGAUCAUGAGUGACUGGUUGGGGACUUACACUACGAUUGACUCGAUGAACGCCGGUUUGGAUUUGGAGAUGCCGGGCCCGUCGCGCUACCGAGGUCGAUAUGUGGAAUCAGCCCUGCAGGCAAGGUUGAUCAAGGAGUCCACCAUCGAUAGUCGCGCACGAAGGGUCCUUGAGUUUGUUCAGCAAGCAAGCAGAGCAUCAGUAUCCGCUGUGGAAACUGGAAGAGACUACCCAGAAGACCGGGCGCUGAAUCGAAAGUUGUGUGCCGAUAGUAUCGUGCUUUUGAAGAAUAAAAACGAUCUUUUGCCCUUGCCCAAAACCAUCAAGAAGAUUGCCCUGAUCGGCUCACAUGUGCGAACUCCAGCGAUUUCGGGCGGUGGUAGUGCGUCGCUAGAACCGUACUACGCUGUUUCGUUGUACGAUGCUGUGAGCGAAGCUCUUCCCCACACCGAGAUUCUCCAUGAGGUGGGCGCUUAUGCACACAAAAUGCUCCCUGUGAUCGACCGGCUCCUUGAAAAUGCCGUGAUGCAUUUCUACAACGAGCCUAUAGGGACGGAGCGUAUCUUACGUGCCACACAGCCCAUGUCGAAGACGGCCUUUCAACUGAUGGAUUUCAGUGCUCCGGAGCUCAACAGAGGCCUAUUCUAUACGACACUAACCGGUGACUUUACACCAGAUGUGUCAGGUGUGUGGGACUUUGGCCUCACAGUCUUUGGCACCGGCACCUUGUACGUCGAUGACGAACUCGUCGUCGACAACACCACGCAUCAAACCCGAGGAACAGCAUUCUUCGGAAAAGGAACAGUGCAAGAACUGGGAUCGAAGACUCUUAACGCGGGACAAACAUACAAGAUUCGCAUCGAAUAUGGAUCUGCGAAUACCAGUCCCAUGAAAGCGAUCGGGGUGGUGCACUUCGGUGGGGGUGCAGCGCACCUCGGAGCAUGCUUACAUGUUGAUCCCGCAGAGAUGGUGCGCAGUGCUGUUAAGGCAGCCGCAGAGGCGGAGUACACCGUUCUCUGUACCGGCCUGAAUCAUGAGUGGGAAUCCGAGGGCUUUGACCGGCCAGACAUGGAUCUCCCACCUGGAAUUGACGCGUUGAUCGCCUCGGUUCUGGAGGUUGCCGCACAUAAAACUGUGAUCGUUAAUCAGUCCGGGACGCCGGUGACGAUGCCCUGGGCUGAUAGAGCGCGAGGGAUCGUUCAGGCUUGGUAUGGAGGCAAUGAGACCGGUCAUGGUAUCGCGGAUGUGAUAUUUGGGGACGUCAACCCAUCCGGCAAACUGCCACUAUCGUGGCCAUUGGAUGUGAAGCAUAACCCAGCAUAUCUGAAUUACGCCAGCGUGGGGGGCCGGAUGCUGUACGGCGAGGAUGUUUAUGUUGGGUAUCGGUACUACGAGAAGGUUGGCCGGGAGGUGCUAUUUCCAUUUGGACACGGCCUUUCCUAUACGACCUUCACUGUGCGUCCGGAUGUGGUCUUCUCUCAGGAAGCUUUUAGACCCGAGCAACCGCCAACUGCUGCUGUACAAAUUAAGAAUACUGGCAAGGUAGCUGGAGCGCAAGUCCUCCAAUUGUAUAUCUCCGCUCCCCAGUCCCCCACACCUCGCCCGGUCAAGGAGCUGCACGGAUUUGCCAAAGUUUACCUGCACCCCGGGGAAGAAAGAGUGGUCCAUAUUCGUAUGGAUAAAUACGCCACAAGCUUUUGGGAUGAAAUCGAAGGCAUGUGGAAAAGCGAAGAGGGUGUGAGUGUAUCUGAGGUCACCGGCCAUGGUACUGUCCGUCUCAUAUAUAAAGAUGAUCAGCGUCUAGAUUACUCGCGACAUCCAAGGGUAAGUAUUUCGGAAGCAGUCAACAUGGUUGUAGUAGGAAAGCAACGAGACGAAGACGUGUCAGAGCCCGUCCUGGCCAACCUGCUGGCCGAGGAUCGAACCGCUUGGUAUAAGAAACCCAACCUGAGACGAUUGUACUUGAUCCUCUUCCCUGCGUGUAUGGGCAUUGAGAUCACCUCGGGAUUUGACUCACAGAUUAUCAACACAGUGCAGAUCGUGUAUACUUGGAAUAAAUACUUCGGGAGACUAACUGGUGAUACCGUGGAUGGUAAACCCGAGUACCAGGUCGAGCCGAACCUGAAGGGCUUUCUAGGAGCGGCAUAUUCUCUUGGAGCUAUCCUUGCUUUGCCACUUGUCCCUUGGGUUAAUCAACGCCUUGGAAGAAGAUGGACGAUCAUGUUUGGGUCUUGUAUCAGCCUGGUGGGUGCGAUACUACAAGGGUUCGCUAAUGGAGUCGGCAUGUAUGUAGUAGCACGCAUGUUACUUGGGUUUGGGAUCCCAUUUUGCAUUGUGGCUGGGUCUUCCCUCAUCGGAGAACUCGGCUAUCCCAAGGAACGACCAAUCCUCACGUCCUUGUUUAAUUCAUCCUACUUCAUCGGCCAAAUCGUCGCUGCUGCCGUCGGCCUGGGAACAGUGACUAUUGCAAGCAACUGGGCAUGGAGAAUCCCUUCACUCUUGCAGAUAGCUCCUGCUAUGGUUCAAGUGGUCUUUGUUUUCUUCCUGCCGGAGAGUCCUCGAUAUUUGAUCAGCAAAGACCGACACGAAGAGGCCUUCGAUAUACUAGUCAAGUACCAUGCUGAGGGAGACCGUAGCUCCGUCAUCGUGCGCGCGGAGAUCGCCCAAAUUGAACGGACUAUCAAGCUGGAGCUCGAAGCGGCGAAGCAAACCUGGUGGGACAUGUUCCGCACCGCGGGAAUGCGGCGUCGGAUGUUCAUAUCCGCGUUUUUGGGAUUGUUUACCCAGUGGUCUGGAAACACAUUGAUUUCGUACUAUCUCAGUGACUUGCUGGCUUUGGUUGGCAUCACCGACAGCGUGAUCAAAUCCAAAAUCAACAUCGGUAUUGCCUGCUGGGGCUUGGUCAGUGGAACAACCCUAGCUCUCACGGCACCUCGGUUCAAACGGCGGACGAUGUAUUUAACCUGUGCAAUAUCGCUCCUGUGCGUAUACAUUGGCUGGACUAUUUCUAUGGAGCGCUUCAUGACAACGAAGGUCAAGGCUGCGGCAAUCUUGACCAUCUUCUUCAUCUUUGCCUAUUCCCCAGCAUAUAACCUGGGCUACAAUGCUUUGACUUACACGUACCUGAUUGAAAUCUUCCCUUAUCUCGGUCGCUCUCGUGGCCUCUCCUGGUUCCAGUUUUAUGGCCGUGGAGCAACCUUCUUCGCCACAUAUGUCAAUCCCGUCGGGCUGGAUAGAAUCAAGUGGCGAUGGCUCCUUGUUUACUGUUGUUGGUUGGCAUUCGAAGUGGUGUUCAUCUACUUCUUCUUCCCAGAAACGUCUGGAAGGACAUUGGAAGAGUUGUCGUUUAUGUUUGAGGGAAAGGAAAAGGCGAAUGAGGUGGCUGCUGCGGUGCACAAGCAGAUCGAGGGGGAUGAGAAGAAGGCAGACCAGGCUUAG